CAAAACUCGUCAGGUGUACUUGGAUCUGCCGUAAACAUAAAGUAUAAGAAGAAAUACAAUAAAAUUAAAAGAAUAAUCAAAGACUUGGUUUUUGUGAGUACUAUGAAUAUUAUGCCUUCAGCAGUUGUACUUACGAAAUCCUAACACUUUUGGUUAAAGGGCGCAAAUACCCCAAGUAAUUGAGGUAUUUAGUGACUAUCACUUAUCAACUGUGAUCCACAUCUUCAUAGGAAAAUGCAGCUCUCUGUGACCAAGUAUCUCAGAUGCAAGAAAAAAUUCUUAUUGUGAAGGAAGAAAGAAGGUUCUUGCUCAAGAAACUUUAUCAUCUUCAGGCGAUUGCAGAAACAGACAAUCAGUUGCAAAUCCACACCCCAAAACUUCCAACAGCCGGACUGAGCCCACCUUCGGCUACCUCAGACACAAGUUCAUCAGCUAAGAAAACGUCAACCAAGAAGAGAGUUACAUCUGAAAUUCUAGAGACUAUCAAAAUGAAUCCAAAAGUGAAAAAAAGUAAUACAACAAAAACAAAGAAAAUAGUGCAUCCAAUUCCUCUUGAUAUAACUGGUCGUCCAGUUUUCCCAAUUGUACUUGGAGGAUUGACAGUGCAUAGCUUGGGAGAGGUUGUUUCAGACAGACCUGACUACCACUCCGAAGAUCUCAUUUUCCCAGUAGGAUACUGCUCCACUCGAGUAUAUGGUAGUCUUAAAAAUCCAGAAAGAAAAUGUGUAUACACUUGUAAAAUUGUGGAUGGGGGAACUGCACCCAGCUUUGAAAUUGUGGCAGACAGUGACUUGGAUGCACCUCUUGUGGGCAAUUCUGCCAGGGAGUGUCACUCCAUGCUUCUGCGGCACAUCAACCGUGCUGUUGGUGUGGAAGUUGUCAACACAAAAGGACGUGGACCAGAAUUCUUUGGAUUGUCUCAUCCAACCAUUCAGAACCUGAUUCAGAGUUCACCAGGAACCAGAAAAUGUUCCCUAUAUAAGUGGAGUAGAUUUGAGGUAAGCCGGUCAGGAGGAGAACCUCUAAUGGAAGAGAACGAUCCUUCAUUAAAUUUUGAUGCCCUACAGCGUAGUAUUGCUUUCAGCAAAUCACAUAUGGUGUCAGUGAUAAAAGACGAGCCUUCAGAGCAACUGCUGAGUAGCUCCAGCGCCACUCUUCGAGACCUGCUUAUGUCUUGAUUGAUGUGAAAGUUCAUACACUUAAGUUGAUAUUGUUAGCAACUUUUUCAAGUCAGUGUUUACAAUAGAACUUAGUUGCAAUCAGAAGUAACAUGAGUGAGUGUACUAAUUUUACCAGAAAGUAAGACUCUUAUUUAAAGAGAAAUUGAGCAAGAUUUUUAAGGUAUGAUUUUAUAAUACAGAAAUUUGUAUCAUGAUGAAAUUGACAGAACUGGAAUAUUGCCAGCGUCUUGUAUGAUUAAUAAAGUAAUCUCUUUUAUGGUA